AUGAAUAGACAUGGUGAUAGGAAUUUUAACAAUAAUUUAAAUUUUAAUUCACAACAAAGCGAUUCACAUAAAAAAGAUUUUGAAAUACAAGAGAAUACACGGAUUGGUGAUGAAAACGUUUUUGAAAAGUUCAAUCUUGAAAAAAAUCCUUAUACCAGCAACGAUGAUUUUUUGUCCAAAAAAUUUUAUAGUAUGGAAAAUAAUGCUUACAGUAACUAUGGAGACUAUAAACGAUAUUAUUUGAAUCCUUCAAAUCCAGUACCGACAUCAAGAGUGAAAUUUAAAAUAAGUAGCAAGAUAAUCCAAACUAAAUAUGGAAAAUUACAGGGCAUUGUGUUGGAAAUGGAUGAACAUAGAUAUUUAAGUCCUCUUGAAGUGUUUCUCGGUGUCCCUUAUGCGACACCACCCAUUGGAUCAAACAGGUUUAGUCCAACGAGAACACCGUCUCCUUGGGAUGGCGUUAGAGUAUCGGAUAGACCAGGUCCUGCAUGCCCACAGAAACUACCAGAUCUCGACAAUGAGAGGACCAUAUUAGAGAAAAUGCCUAAAGGCAGAUUAGAAUAUUUAAAAAGACUGAUGCCUUACCUUAAGAAUCAAAGUGAAGAUUGUCUAUAUUUAAAUAUCUUUGCUCCUUUACAAAAUGAAUCUAAGUUGACACUGCCUGUAUUAGUGUAUGUACACGGUGAAAGCUACUCAUGGAGUUCGGGUAAUCCGUAUGAUGGCGCAGUCUUGGCAAGCUACACCAAUUUAAUUGUAGUCACAUUAAACUUCAGACUUGGUGUUCUAGGAUUUCUUAACGCGAAUCCGGCUCCGCAUCUCAAAGCUCGGGUGGCUAAUUACGGGCUGAUGGAUCAAAUAGCGGCACUUCAUUGGGUUCAACAAAAUAUCGCACUUUUUGGAGGUGAUCCAACAAAUAUAACACUAAUGGGUCAUGGGUCCGGUGCGGCCUGUAUCAAUUUCCUAAUGAUAUCACCGACAGUUAUGCCAGGUCUAUUCCAUAGAGCUAUUCUUUUAUCAGGAUCAGCUUUAAGUUCGUGGGCUAUUGUGGAUGAUCCAGUAUAUUACUCGCUAAAAUUAGCUAAGCAUAUGAAUUGUACAAUACCUGAAGACAUGACUAAAGACCAUGAGGUUAUAGUGGAUUGCCUGAGGGAAGUAGCAGUAGACGAACUAUUAUCAAUAGACAUAUCACCACCUAACUUUCUUACUGCUUUUGGGCCAUCGAUAGAUGGAGUAGUGAUAAAAACAGAUUUUGGAAAGGAUUUUUUAACGCUCUAUUCGACUGGUGAUUUUCCUAGUUUUGGACCACUGAAUAAUAUGAAUCAAAACAACUAUCAUACGAAGAGAAGCGAUAGUGGCAGAAGGUUAUUUCAGAACAAAUACGAUUUGAUGUUUGGAGUCGUAACAUGUGAAGCGUUGUGGAAAUUUUCAGCGCACGAUGUUCAAAAUGGAAUAGAACCAGAUAAAAGAGAUAGGAUGUUACGAACUUACGUGCGGAACGCCUACACAUACCAUCUAAGUGAAAUUUUCUAUACUAUAGUGAACGAAUACACCGACUGGGAAAGAACGAACUCGAUAAACACAAGAGACGCUACUAUUGCGGCGUUAUCUGACGCACAAUACGUGGCGCCAUUGAUACAAAGCGGUGAUUUGUUGAGCGGAGGACCAAAACCAACUUUAAGUGAAGAAGACGGGCCAGGACGAGCAACGAAAACUUUUUUCUAUGUUUUCGAUUAUCAGACAAAAGACGGUUUUUAUCCGCAGAGAACGGGAGCAGUGCACGGAGAAGAACUUCCAUACGUUUUUGGAGCGCCGUUAGUAGAUGGUUUCGGACACUUCCCCCAAAACUAUACUAAGGCUGAAGUUGCUUUGUCUGAGUCUAUACUGUUUUCUAUCGCAAACUUUGUCAAAACAGGAAACCCAAAUGAUAUAAAUAAACAAGAAGCUCUGUUGCCUGCAUCAAGAGAAAGGAAUAAAUUUCGUGGUAUAAUUUGGGAAGAGUACGAUUCGACACAUCAAAAAUAUCUUGAAAUUAGUGUGAAACCUCGACUUAAAAAUCACUUUCGCGCGCAUCAUUUGUCAGUGUGGCUGCGCCUUGUUCCCGAGCUACACAGAGCUGGUAUGGAAGACGUCGCCGCCCGUCACAACUUAUUUCGCAAUCACAAUGAACUAGAUUUGUACGAAGGCAUCGUGAGGCCAGAUCCCUUAGCUCGUAAUCCUGACGCUGAUCAGAUACGACGGGUCAACGGUUCCCUAUAUACUGAUACUGCGAUGACUACUGUUGAUUCAAUUCUGGCAACGUGUGUAACUUUAUUACCCAAUGCACGAGAUGUACACGCCAUCAAUGCAACAGAUAGUAAUUUAGCUAAUCUAGAAGCAGCAGGAUACGCUGCAUAUUCAACUGCUCUUAGUGUAACCAUAGCAAUAGGUUGCUCUUUACUCAUUUUGAAUGUAUUAAUUUUUGCUGGAGUAUAUUAUCAGCGAGACAAAAGCAGAUCUAGAGGGAAACAGCCAAGGUUAAGUGAAAAACAUUUUGAAACCAUAUCUGGAAAACAUUCACAUUACCAUAUAGAUCCAACCCUCGCCCCAAGUUUGGUGGUAGAUAUAGAAAGAAAAAACCGAAAGAAAACGACGGAACCUAAUUUAUCAAAUUUUAGUUUUAAAGGACCGUUGGAUCACAGAAAAUCACCAAGUCCAACGUUGAGCUUAGACAACAUCAUGUUGCCAAGCAAGUUGGGAAGUAGAAGUAAUAGUUUUAGGUUACCAAACGUAAGCUAUCCACAAAUGGGAGCGUAUGCAACAGUGCCUAAGAAACAUUUUUGCAGUUCUUCACCAAUGCAUGACUUAAGACAUCAACAGUUCCCUCCAAAUGGUUCAGCUGCCUCUCCAGGUGGAGAAAUUGCCCAUGCAACACUUCGGAGGGGGAAAUCCCUUCACCCAUCAAAUCUUCCACAAGCUGCAAUCGAUGAAAUGAGAGUGUGA